AUGCCUAGAGAUGCUUUACAUCAUGGAGGUGUUGAGCACCGAGAGUUGCAUAAUGCCUAUGGUUACUACUUUCAUAUGGCUACAGCUGAUGGGCUUGUAAAGCGAGGAGAUGGGAAGAAUAGGCCUUUUGUUUUGUCAAGAGCAUUCUUUCCUGGAAGUCAAAGGUAUGGAGCAGUUUGGACAGGAGAUAACUCUGCAGACUGGGAUCAACUCAAGGUUUCAGUGCCAAUGGUUUUGACCCUUGGUUUGACUGGAGUAUCAUUUUCUGGUGCGGAUGUUGGUGGGUUUUUUGGCAAUCCCGAGCCUGAGUUGUUAGUUCGUUGGUAUCAACUUGGCGCUUACUACCCGUUCUUUAGGGGCCACGCCCAUCAUGACACCAAAAGACGAGAACCUUGGUUAUUUGGGAGGGGAGGGUUAUAUAGGCAUCCAACCUAUAGGGUCUGGGGGUGCUUUACUCAUUUGGAUGAGAGAGUGGUGAGAAAUUUGGGGUCGGAUAGCAGUGGGCCUGAAAAUUCAGCAUUGUUCAAGGCUGAAAACAGUAUUCGUCAACAGUAUUUUGGGGCAGGAGGUGCUACUUUAUGGGUUAUGGUUCAAUGGAUUGUUUGGAAAAAGGAGGAAAGGAAUACAGAACUAAUGAGGGAAGCCAUACGCGUUCGUUACAUGUUACUCCCAUAUUUCUACACCUUAUUUCGAGAGGCAAACGUAAGUGGUGUGCCAGUUGUGCGCCCACUUUGGAUGGAAUUCCCAGCUGAUGAAGCUACUUUCAGUAAUGAUGAGGCUUUUAUGGUUGGAAACAGUAUUUUGGUGCAAGGAAUUUAUACAGAGGUGCUGUUGCAGCCAGAUGGUCGAUUUGUCUUUGUUUGUUGUAAUCAAAUUUCUUCUGCUUUCUUUUUUUCACUUGUUACUUGCUUUGUCUCUUCGCUGUUUCUGUCACAAACUAAAUGCAUUAGCAAUUUUCAAGCAGGGUGCCAAACAUGUGUCAGUGUAUCUCCCGGGGGACAAAUUUGGUAUGACUUGAAAACCGGAACCUCAUAUAAGGGAGAGAUGACCCACAAACUGGUGGUCUCAGAAGAGAGUGUUCCUGCUUUUCAAAGAGCGGGAACCAUCAUACCAAGGAAAGACCGAUUUCGCCGAAGCUCCACUCAGAUGGAGAAUGACCCUUACACUCUGGUAUGUGUUCGAUUCUCAAGUGCUUCCUUCUUGGCACAUUCUCCAGCUUGCAACCCUGCUGGCCCCCCCUUUCAAAUCAUUUCCGCCCCCUUUUGCGUACUCGAGGAGGCCGUGUGGCUUCUGCAGGGACCUAUUUAAGCCUUCGCCUGCUGCUCUCCUUUAAGUGAGCUAAAAAAUCUUUCCAUCCAAUUGCAGAAUUGAUUGGAAUCAGCUGAUUGUUUUUAGGUUAUUUUUGGGAAAAAAUCUUCAACAUUCGAAUAUGGUUUUGAAUCUCACACGAUACAAGAAACAGAUACCAUAUGUUAGUCAUAUUUAAUUGUCUACGUUACUUGGGCAUCAUGUCAUAGAAGUUGAUGAGUCAUUUUUAUGUACGAGGACUCAUUUUGUGUCAAAAAAAGUAAUUAAAAAUAGAAACUAGAUGAAACUAGAAGAAAAAGAAUAAAAGAGCAAAAGAAAAAUGCAUUUCAAGAGUGUGAAUCUGGUGAGAUGU